CUGGCCUAUAUAAAAAUAGCGCUCCAGAAAUCCAUGUCAGUUUCAGAGACUGGUGGUGUUCAACCAACAUUAGGUGAAAUCUAACUACUAAGUUUACCAAAACUCAUUCAAGAUGUGUGACGAUGAUGUUGCUGCUUUGGUCGUUGACAACGGCUCCGGUAUGUGCAAGGCCGGUUUCGCUGGAGACGAUGCCCCACGUGCCGUCUUCCCGUCCAUCGUUGGUCGCCCAAGGCAUCAAGGUGUGAUGGUCGGUAUGGGACAAAAGGACUCGUACGUCGGCGAUGAAGCCCAAAGCAAGAGGGGUAUCCUCACCUUGAAAUACCCAAUUGAGCACGGCAUCAUCACCAACUGGGACGAUAUGGAGAAGAUCUGGCAUCACACUUUCUACAACGAAUUGCGUGUCGCCCCAGAAGAACACCCAGUCCUCCUCACUGAAGCUCCACUCAACCCAA